CAGGCGGCCAUCGAUGUGGUGCCGUCGGCCGCGUCCCUCAUCAUCAAAGCCCUGAAAGAGCCGCCCAGAGAUCGCAAGAAAGUAAAGCACGUGAAGCACAGCGGAAAUCUCAGCUUCGACGAGAUAGUGGCCAUCGCGCGCACAAUGCGGCCGAGGAGUAUGGCCCGCAAACUCGAAGGCACGAUUAAGGAAAUCCUGGGCACGGCUUCGUCGGUCGGCUGCACCAUCGAUGGCUCACAUCCGCACGACAUCAUCGAUAAGAUAAAGUCCAAAGAGAUUGAUGUCCCGGACGAGUGACCAAUGAUUUGUAUAACUUUUGAAUUGAAUGAAUAAAAGUAUAUUUCGGAAAAA